AUGGACAAAGAAGUAGAAUUAAAUCGCACAAAGACUAUUCAACAACAAAAACAGCAAAAAAGAAGAGCGAAGGAACAAAAGAAUAAUAUGAAUGAAUACAAAGAAAAAAUAAUCAAGCAUAAAGAAGCUUUAGAAAUGGUUCUAAAACAAGGGAAAGAAAUAGAACAAAAAUCUAAUGGCAAAAACCCUAAUUUGGAUGGGAAAACAUUCUUCCACGAACAUAAUGUAGUUUUGAUUCAAGUUCCCGAAGCUCCAAACGAAGAAGACUUAAAAAUACUUCAAGAACAAUUUCCAGGAGAAAAAGUCAGAACUAAAGAGAUUAUCGAACAAUAUGUAGUUCAAGACAACAAAGAAUAUUUAGUCAAGUUGCAAUAUAACCAAAGGGAAUAUACCGACUUUAAUACUAAAAAAGGAAUUCCGAUUUUAGAAGAAAGAGGAAGUUUAAACGAUACUUUGAAUUAUGAUAAAUUAGACGAAAUUAACCGAAAAGCAAAGCAAGAAUUAAUUAGUAAACUAGCUUUAGAAAUAGCCAAUAGUUCCCAAGUAAUCGGGCAAGAAAUCGAAGUGGACAAAAAAAGCCUCACAGUUACAGAAUUAUUAACUAAUAAACCUCUUUUUUUCUUAUUAGAAACAGACACAAAAAAUAUGAAAUGUGCUAGGUGUUUUCAGCCGUUAAAAGAAGAGGUUUUCAAUCAUUUAAAGGCGGUUGUUGAAGAUGUUAAAAAGGAACUAAUUCAUUGGGGAUUAAUAAGUUCGAAUCUAAAAAAAUUAGAA